AUGCAAUCAACCCAACGCCCCUCUUUUCCUGCUGCACCUCCCCCUCCCCCCGCCCACCAGGCCAUCGCCACCCACAUAGAGCCGACCACAUACGCGCGGGUCCGCGCUCUCCUCCCCGGCGUGCAAUACCACGCCGGCGCCAAGUGCCUCCUCCUCAAAUCCGAGGACGCUGCGCUGCAGCGCCUGCCCGGCACCGUCGGCCUCGUCGCCGCCGCCGCCCCCUCGCCUUCCGCCGCCGCCGGCGGCCCCGCGGCCGCGGUCGACCUGACCAGGCUGCUGCUGCAGCACCUGGGGGCGUUUGUGAUCGUGAAGGAAGGGCUGCGGUCUGAUGACGUGAAGGCCAUGGUCGCCGCCGCGCCCGCGCUGCAGGUUUGCGAUGUCAUUAUCGUCGCCGCGGGCGCCGAUGCCGGACUGGCUAGCGCGGUCGCGUCUAUCGUGGACGCCCCGGUGCUGUCGGUCCCCGCCGCCGCGCCCGGCGGCGCGUGGGCGCCCCCCGCUGGCGGCGGCGCGCCGGUCGCGGUGACCGCCGCGGACGAGGGCGUGGCCGCGGCCGUGACCGCGGCGCGCAUCCUCAGGCUGGCGGCGACGCGCGCGAUGCAGCUGCAGGCUGCGGCGGGCGCAGGCGCGGGCGCCGCAGUGCCGGCGGGCGCGGCCGCGGCCCUUUGA